GUUUUAAGUUCACACAUCAGGGAUAGAAGAUCUCUUUCUUAACCAUGUUCUCGGCUUCUACGUUUCAUUCGCAGAUAACACCAGUGUCCAGAGAAACGCCGACCUUCUCCAGACAGAGCUAGUAAACCCAUAAAUCUAUCAUCACCUUCGCCUAGGUAUUUCCUCUGAUUCUAUACGGUUUUGAUAAAACUGAUCGCAUCGAUUCAUUUGUUGUACGCCUUAUCUCCUGCUCGCCUCUUACCUCUCCCUCUCCUUGUCUGGAACAGUCAAGUAAUUUCCGGCCGUUGAGUCGCUUUUCCAUUCUGACUUGUUCUUCCGCAACUCACAAGGCUUUCUCUCACUCGGAUUUCAACCAUGGAAAUCGAGAAUGUAACCUCUGAUGUGAUGAUGGACCCAUCUCCUGCUAGCAAUCCAGGCAGCCUUCCAGUGAAGCCAAACUUCAAGCCACUCACAGCGCAUGAAAUUUCCGAUGGGCAGGUGCAGUUCCGAAAAAUUCCCGUGCCGUCGCAUCGGUACACACCUUUGAAGAAAGCCUGGAUGGACAUCUACACCCCAAUCUUUGAGCAGAUGAAAGUCGACAUACGUAUGAAUCUCAAGGCCCGUAGGGUGGAGCUAAAGACCCGACCCGACACCCCUGACAUCAGCAACAUCCAGAAGUCCGCCGACUUUGUGCACGCCUUCAUGCUGGGCUUCGACAUCUGCGACGCUGUUGCUCUUCUCCGGGUGGAUGAGCUGUACGUUGAUUCAUUUGAGAUCAAGGAUGUGAAGACCCUCCGAGGGGAGCAUUUGUCCAGGGCGAUUGGAAGGUUAUCUGGUAAAGGAGGAAAGACAAAGUUUGCUAUUGAGAACUCGACGAAAACACGCAUUGUGAUUGCUGAUACUAAGAUUCAUAUACUAGGUUCUUUUACGAACAUAAAGGUUGCAAGAGAUUCACUUUGCAGUCUGAUUAUGGGCUCUCCUGCUGGGAAAGUGUAUUCCAAGCUUAGAGCAGUCACCGCCCGUUUGGCUGAGAGGUUUUGAUUAAAUUAUGGUGAAUUUAACACAUUUAAGUAUUUUCUGAAAUUUUGCAAGGGUUCACUAGGUGACAUUCCUGCUUGUCUUGAUAUUGUAUUCAUUACAAAAGUGUAGCUGAAUUAAGUGCCUUUUAUCAGAUUUGUGUUGGCCCCUGCCUCUGCUUAGCUUGUUCUUUCAUGUUAAAGCAUGAUUUCCCAAUUUCUUGUUUGAAAGAGACUUUCUGGGUUUACUUGCAAUGUCAAUGUCUGGUAUUCAAAAAUGAAAGACUGUAAUCCUCC